GCUUUGAGAGCAUGCACAGCUGCAGACAUCACUCCCUCCACGCCAUCGUCCAAUGCAAAGCGGAGCAGAAAGAGAAGGCCUGCGUCGAGCAGAGUGGACACCACGCUGCCCUUCAGAACUGACACGUAUUCUCCAGCAUGUGCCUGCGCAAAGAAAGAAAAUCCAGCAACACGACAGAGGCACGCUUCCCCGUAGGUCCAGACAUGAGGAAAAGUCCAUUUGAAUGAAUGAGAAAGGAAAUGGACUCUGAUGGGAACAAUCAGACUGAAAAUCAACAGAGAAAACAGUAUCUCAGACUGGGACAUGGCUUGGAGCUUGGCCUGGUUUUCCAUGUGGAUCCUCAUCGUCUCUCCUGAACUAUUGGGAACCCUGAGCCCCUGACCGGACACCAGCCUGGGACAGCUUCUCCUCUUCUCUUGUCAGGGCGGCGGACCACACUGGCAGAGGACGGAGCGCCAGAAGUCAGAAAGUGCUCCUGCUCUCUCAGCAGGAAACCGGUCAGGCUUCAUCAUGUCCAAGUUCACUACAGUCAUUUGGCCUAAAGUUAUUUUAUUUGGCGACUCCAUCACACAGUUUUCAUUUCAACCCAAUGGGUGGGGAGCAGAAAUUGCCAAUAAACUUGCAAGAAAAUGCGAUGUUAUAAACAGAGGGUUGUCUGGCUACAACUCCAGAUGGGCCAAGAUUGUUCUUCCUCGCCUCAUUAGCUGCCAGAACUCAGCAGACAGCAAAAUAGCAGCUGUCACUAUCUUCUUUGGAGCCAAUGACAGUGCACUGGAAGAUAAGAACCCACAGCAGCAUGUUCCUCUGCAGGAGUAUUCAGAGAACCUGAAGGAGAUGAGCAGGUUUCUGGCCUCUGCUGGUGUGUCGGCAGACAGAGUUGUAUUCAUCACACCUCCUCCUGUGCAUGAGGCAGCCUGGGAGAAAGAGUGCAUUAUCAAAGGAUGUCCUCUCAAUCGCCACAACUCUGUGGCAGGGCAGUAUGCCCAGGUGUGUGUCCAGGCUGCUGGUCAGUGUGGCGCAGACGUCCUGGACCUGUGGACACUCAUGCAAAAAGAUGGACAGGACUACACAGUCUAUCUGUCUGAUGGGCUGCAUCUCUCGGAGAAAGGAAACCAGUUUGUGGCCCAGCACAUGUGGGGGCUGCUGGAGAGCCGUGUGGCUGACCUGCCCUUCAUCCUGCCCUACUGGGGAGAUGUGGAUGCCAAGAGCCCUGAAAGCAGCCUCCUCUGUGAUCAAUAAAGGACAUUUGUUUUAAUAUUGUGCAGAGAG